ACUGUGAGACAUACUAAUACUGUCAAACAUACUAACACUGUCAGACAUACUGACACUGUAAGACAUACUAAUACUGUCAAACAUACUAAUACUGUCAGACAUACUAACACUGUCAGACAUACUGACACUGUAAGACAUACUAAUACUGUCAAACAUACUAAUACUGUCAGACAUACUAACACUGUCAGACAUACUGACACUGUAAGACAUACUAAUACUGUCAAACAUACUAACACUGUCAGACAUACUAACACUGUCAGACAUACUGACACUGUAAGACAUACUAAAACUGUCAAACAUACUAACACUGUCAGACAUACUGACACUGUAAGACAUACUAAUACUGUCAGACAUACUGACACUGUAAGACAUACUGACACUGUCAGACAUACUAAUACUGUCAGACAUACUAAUACUGUCAGACAUACUAAUACUGUCAGACAUACUAAUACUGUCAGACAUACUAACACUGUCAGACAUACUAAUACUGUCAGACAUACUGACACUGUAAGACAUACUAAUACUGUCAGACAUACUAAUACUGUCAGACAUACUGACACUGUAAGACAUACUAAUACUGUCAGACAUACUAAUACUGUCAGACAUACUAAUACUGUCAGACAUACUAAUACUGUCAGACAUACUAAUACUGUCAGACAUACUGACACUGUCAGACAUACUAAUACUGUCAGACAUACUAAUACUGUCAGACAUACUAAUACUGUCAGACAUACUGACACUGUAAGACAUACACAUACUGUCAGACACACUAAUACUGUCAGACAUACUAAUACUGUCAGACAUACUAAUGCUUACACUGACAUUGUCAGACAUACUAACAUUGUCAGACAUACUAACAUUGUCAGACAUACUAACAGUGUCAGACAUACUAACACUGUAAGACAUACUAACACUGUAAAACAUACUAACACUGUAAGACAUACUAACACUGUUAAACAUACCAACACUGUAAGACAUACUAACACUGUUAGACAUACUAACACUGUAAAACAUGUUAACACUGUCAGCCAUACUAACAGUGUCAGACAUACUAACAGUGUCAGACAUACUAACAGUGUCAGGCAUACUAACAGUGUCAGACAUACUAACACUGUCAGACAUACUAACAGUGUCAGACAUACUAACAGUGUCAGGCAUACUAACAGUGUCAGACAUACUAAACAGUCAGACAAACUAACACUGUCAGACAUACUAAAAGUGUCAGACAUACUAACACUGUCAGACAUACUAACAGUGUCAGACAUACUAACACUGUCAGCCAUACUAACAGUGUCAGACAUACUAAACUGUCAGACAUACUAA